AAAACUUCAAUGACGGAAGUUAAUCUCAUCCAAUCAGAUCCUUAAAAAAUGCCUUGUUUUACUGCUUGUCCAAUCGGGUGUUGCUCUUCAGAAACGCCUUACUUUGGAAACGCCAACUUUGUCUGCGGACCGACCUACCAACUUAACAGGGUCUGAUUCUGAUUUCGGAUGCUUAGCACAGUUCGGGAAAGGAGGCGGGACCGACGUUGGAUAAGCGAAAGCUCCUGCCAUGGCUGCAGCGGUGUGGACGGAUCGAGGAACUCGGGCUAAGAAUCUGCUGUGGAUACUGAUGGGAUCCAGAUCGAAUCACACUGCUUUAAAACCCUGCUAUGACGCGCUGGUCAUCGGAGGAGGACACAAUGGGCUGGUGGCAGCCGCCUAUCUUCAGAAGGGAGGGGUGAAGACAGCUGUGCUGGAGCGCAGACAUGUGCUGGGAGGGGCAGCUGUCACAGAGGAGAUCUUUCCAGGUUUCCACUUCUCCAGGUGCUCAUAUUUGCUCAGUUUGUUACGACCUCACAUAUACAGAGACCUUGAGCUCAAGAAACAUGGAUUGAAGGUAUACAUGAGAGACCCCCAUUCUUUCACCCCCAUGUUGGAGGAGGGGAUGAAGGGGGCUGUACCAAGGUCCCUCACCCUUGGGUCAGAUCUGGCCGAAAACCUAAAUGAGAUCGGCAAGUUUUCACAGAAGGAUGCUAAGGCUUAUCCAGACUUUGUUGCACAUCUUAAAAAGUUAGCUAGUGCUAUCCACCCUCUGCUGGAUUCUCCACCUGUAGAUAUCAGAGGAGUUACAGCUGGUUCACUAAGGAAGAGGCUGGCUGCAACUAAGACGCUGAUACCUAUUGCCAAAUUAGGUCUGAAACUUGGAGGGAAUAUUCCAGACUUUUAUGAAAUUGUAACCGCACCCAUCAUGAAGAUUCUCACUCGGUGGUUCGAUUCAGAGCCACUGAGGGCAACAUUAGCUACUGACGGUGUGAUAGGAGCCAUGACCAGUCCUAGCAACCCCGGUAGCGGGUAUGUGCUCUUGCACCAUGUAAUGGGAGAGCUGGAAAAGGAGAAAGGAGCGUGGGGUUAUGUGGAGGGAGGCAUGGGAGGUUUGUCUCAGGCUAUAGCAAGAGCUGCUCAGUCUUACGGAGUAGACGUUUUUACAGAGAAGAAUGUCGAACAGAUCCUUGUCGGUUCAGAUGGCGCAACUAAAGGAGUAGCGCUAAAAGAUGGUACCGAGAUUCACAGUAAUGUGGUUCUGUCAAAUGCCACCCCCUAUGCUACCUUCAAGUACCUGACAUCGAAGGGUGCUCUUUCUGAAGAGUUCAUCAAAGCUGUAGACCAGGUAGACUACACUUCACCUGUUACAAAGAUUAACGUGGCAUUGGACAAAUUACCAAACUUCCUGGCAUCACCCACACCAGACGAUAAGCCUGGACCCCACCAUCAGUGCUCAAUACACCUGAACUGUGAAAACGUGGACAUACUUGAGGCUGCAUAUAAAGAUGCCAUCAAUGGACGUCCCUCAGCGAGACCUAUGCUGGAGAUGACUAUCCCAUCUGUUUUGGACCCCACUCUAGCGCCCCCUGGCUGCCAUGUUGUGUCAUUGUUCACUCAGUUUACCCCCUACCACAUCAAAGGCAGGGAGUGGACCCAGCAGGACAGAGAGGACUUUGGAGACACCGUUUUUGACUGGGUGGAACAAUACGCCCCUGGGUUUAAAACCUCCGUUGUGGGCAGAGAAAUCCUGUCUCCCCCUGACCUGGAGAAGAUCUUUGGACUCACUGGCGGGAAUAUCUUUCAUGGAUCAAUGUCUCUGGACCAGCUCUACCUAGCGCGACCUUUGCCCUCACUUUCAGACUACCGCUCACCAAUUAAAGGACUCUAUCUGUGUGGCAGUGGCUGUCAUCCAGGUGGCGGUGUGAUGGGUUCUCCAGGCUGGAACGCAGCACUCACUGUUAUAUCUGAUUUGAAGCGUCGCUGAGAAUUGUGACAGCAUUACUGCAAAAGCAUACAUUAAAAUCUUCUAUACUACAUAUCUACAUUUGUUAAAAAAA